GCGUGCCAUGAGCCGCGCAGUGCUACAAACCUUUGAAGAAUACCAAAAGGCCCGUGUGACCUUUGUGCAAACUGUGGCGGAUCUGGCCACCAGGCCGCAAAAUAUCGAUGCUUUGCAAAAUGCGGGGGUGAUGGCGCUCUUGAGGCCGUUGCUCCUGGACAACGUGGCCUCCAUCCAGCAGUCCGCAGCCUUGGCGCUGGGACGCCUGGCCAACUUCAACGAGACCCUGGCCGAGUCAGUGGUCACUCACGAAAUCUUGCCGCAGCUGGUCUAUUCGUUGGCACAGCAGAACCGCUUCUACAAGAAAGCGGCGGCCUUUGUUCUGCGGGCAGUCGCCAAACAUUCGGCGCCACUUGCGCAGGCUGUGGUGGAUUCCGGUGCAAUGGAGUCGUUGGUGCUUUGCUUGGAGGAGUUCGACCCUGCAGUGAAAGAGUCGGCCGCAUGGGCGCUGGGAUAUAUUGCAAAACACACCAAGGACCUGGCCCAGAGCGUCGUGAACGCUGGCGCAGUGCCUUUGUUGGUCUUGGCGUUUCAGGAGCCAGAUCUCACCGUGAAACGCAUCAGCGCCUCUGCCCUCAGCGACAUCGCCAAACAUAGCCCCGAGCUGGCGCAACUGGUGGUGGAUGCUGGAACCUGUUCCCUAUUGGUGAAGGAGGUGUCCAACAGCGACGUUGGGCUGAAACGUCAGGUGUGCGGUUGCCUGGCGCAGAUCGCCAAGCAUUCGGUCGACCUGGCCGAAGUAGUCGUGGAGGCCGAAGUCUUCCCACGGAUCCUGCACUGCUUGCGCGACGUCGAUGAGGUGGUGCAGAAAAAUGCCGCCACCUGCGUGCGAGAGUUAUCCCGACAUACUCCGGACUUGGCGAAGCUCGUUGUGAACGCUGGCGGUAUCGCUGCUAUGGUGGACUAUGUUCAGGAAGCUCGUGGCAAUGCACGCUUGCCAGGGAUCAUGACCUUGGGCUACGUCUCAGCGUUCUCGGAGACCUUGGCACUGGCAGUGGUUGUAUCAAGAGGAAUUCCUCCUCUGAAAGAUGCACUGAUCAAUGAACCAGAGGACCAUGUGAAGGCGGCGGCCGCAUGGUCCUUGGGGCAAAUUGGUCGCCACAGCCCCGAUCAUGCGCGGGCGCUUGCGGAGGCAGAUGUCUUGAGGAGGAUCUUGGCGGUCUAUCUGCACCGGGAUUCGAGUGAAGAUUUGCAACUGAAAGCCAAGCGAGCCCUGAAGAGCGUCAUCCAGAAGUGCGCACACCUGCCAGCGCUGGAACCACUUUUGGACUCGCCACCGAAUAUCUUGAAGUACGUGGUGCAGCAGUUGUUUGCCAAGGUCUUACCCAACGACAUGGAGGCGCGCAAGGCCUUUGUGCAGUCUGGAAGUUUGCAGAAGCUCCAGGAGGUGCAGGCGGAGCGAGGUUCCAAACUGCAGGAAAUGGUGGAUACCAUCAACUUGCAGUACCCGCCGGAGAUUGUACAGUACUACUCUCCGAACUAUGCGCAGUCGUUGCUUGAAAAGAUGGAGGCUUUUAACCCCUCGGGCUGAGGCUACGCAGCGUUUCUGAGUGGCCGUUUGCCACUCGCGGGGGCGGCAGGCGAACUGCCAAGAUCAUGGGUACGCCACCUAUGGCUCAUUUUCAAAAUAUAGUAUGGGGACAUUCGAG